AUGAGGAACCAAAUAUAGAUAACUUUUAAUUCUCAUAAUCAGCAUUUGUAACCAUUUAACAAGGAAAUCUACUUGAAUCACAUCAAUCUGAGCAAGGUUGAUGAGAGCAUCAGACUUCUAAAUAUUCAAUAGCAGAUUAUCAUGAACAGAUAUCAGAUAAACAAGGAGUCAAAUAAGCACAGUCAAGACAGGAUCAGAUCAAAUGACUCAUCUUUAAAGAGAGAUUAAAGUCAAAACCUAACCUUUGAGAAUGAAGCAUCGGUGGAGUACGGAAGUCCCAAUAAGCAAGGUAUCCUUAAAUAGAUAUAAUAGAAUUAAAGUCAUUUAAAGAGCUAGCCAAUGAGUGGUAAAUUAAGGUCAAGAAAUAACAACAUUUUCUCAAAUAGAGCAAAUGAUUACGGAAUAAUAAACACAGAGAUGAUAAUAAAAAGCAGCGGCCUUAUAUAUCAAACGGAAAGAGAAAACAUUUAAAAGUCCUUCAGAGAUUUAAAUUUCAUAAAAGAACUUAAUAAGUCAGUGCUUAAGACAGACAUUAACUCAGUAGAACAGCUAUCUACUAGUAUGAAAAAUGGCAGCAGCAGUUACGUCUAGAAUAACUCAUCUGAAAAUAACUAAGAUAGUAGUUUCUUUAGGCUGAGUGAUAGCACUUUAUGCAAAUCAAUGAAGAAUUUAUAGCAUUUGAGGUCACAGCAUUUCCAGUAUUCAACUAACCUGAAAGUUGAGAAUAGACACUAGAUUUAUAUCAGAAAAAACACAAAUAAAAAUAAGAGCUAGGAUAAACAAGCAUCUAAUGGAGGAGCUAUGAAUACAAGGAUACAUACAAAGAGGUCAAAGAAUCUUCCAUUCUUAGAGUUAAAAAAUGCUUAGAAAUUGUACUUUCAACCAAGAAAGGGUUCAACCAAAUUCUAAAGGAAUAAUAACAGCCUAUAAAUUAGUUAGCCAAAAGUCUUAAAUGAAGAUAAAACACCUACAAAAGUCUAUAGCAAUCAAGGAAUCGCUAAAUAGAUUAGAAUCACUCCAUUGAAUAUGACUGUGUCUAAAAUAUCUAUAAAGCAAAGAAUCAAUAAUAACAUUCCAAAUAUCACAAUUCAAGAACCUUAAGCAUAAGCAAAUACUAUAAGUGAUAAACUUCUUGCUGGCAAAGAUAGCCUAAUUACAAUUACAUAAAUAUGA